CUAUUAUUUGGCUAAGAGAAAAGGGAACUUAAACUCGAAAUGUCCUGUUUCUGGCUGCUGCUGUUGCUGACGGCUUUGGCUGUCGCCGAUUGGCCCAACAGAGACGAAGGCAGUGACGCUUGCAGCCAGCUGCCCGAGUAUGGCACGUGCCGCUCCCAUAUCCGGAUGUGGUACUUCAACAGGUACAGCAGGCGCUGCCAACCCUUCGACUAUUCCGCCUGUGGCGGCAACUUGAAUCGCUUCUUCUCAAGGAACGAGUGCAUCCAACACUGUUCUUUGACCCGCAGACCGAAUCCUAACUUAUUAGAAUGAGACUGUUAUA